UAUUUCAUAUAAAUAGUGUGCCGUUUAUAGAGAAAGUACAUUCAAAGUUUAGUUUUGAAGAUCAAUCAAUCAAAAUGAAAUCCUUCGCAUUUGCAUUCGUCAUUGUGCAGGCUGUUCUUAUCCAGUCUGCCUUCUCACAAUGCAUCCGCGGCCCCUCCCCCAUCGCCCUCUCCUCCCCCCUGGUCUCCACCAUCGCGCAACCCAGCGUCGCGGCCAGCCUUGCCGACACUCUCUCCUUGCUUACCGUCAGCAGUCUACUCGCUGAGAGCCUCCCCCUCAACCCCAACGUGAUCGCUACUGUACCGGUUGCAGUGGCCCCAGCGUACGCCCCUGCGUACACCACAGCUUAUGCCCCAACAUACGCCUAUGGUGGUUGUGGGGGUGGGUGCGGUUGCGGUUGUGGGGGUUACAAUGGAUACUCUUACAUCUUCUAAGUAUGGUCAAGUAAUUGGCAGCCUUUUUAUGGCUCUUUCUGUAUGAUUUACUCAAUCGUAAGCUUCAGUUCGUUCUAGAAGAUUUAGCCUGGUGAGUACUGAUGGGCAUUAAAUUUUCUUUACUUUAACGAAUGGAAAAUGAUCUAAGAUCUGAGUAAGAGCCUUAAAAAUUCAAUUUUAGAAGAGUUUUCAUAGUUCUUUAUUUUAAUAG